GCAGCCGCAGAGACACUCGUACACACAAAUGGAAGUCGUUUCAUGUCAAAGGUGUAACAGUGAAGUUUUGAGUUUUGCUGAAAGCUGAAAGAUGGUGAUGUUUGCUUUCGCGGUGUGUGUGUGUGUGUGUGUGUAUGUGUCAGGCAGUUAUUAUUCUGUUGUUGACGUUUGUGUUCGGGGGAGUCGAGAAGCAAGUUCAGGGAGUGACUUUUAAUAAUAAAUAACACAAGGAACAAAACAAGAAACACAAGUUGCGUACAGACAUGAAACAACGGAACAGAAACUAUAAUGCCUAGGGAAAGAACCAAAGGGAGUGACAUAUAUAGGGAAGGUAAUCAGACAGGUGAUUGAAUCCAGGUGAGUCUGAUGAGGCACUGAUCCGGGUAUCGAUGGUGACAGGUGUGCGCAAUAAUGAGCAGCCUGACGACCUCGAGUGCUGGAGAGGGAGUAUGCGUGACUGUAACCCCUCCCUGACACGUGCGCAGGACACCGACCAGAGGGUCGGUCCCGAGGACCAGGAACCGGUCGCUUAUGGUGAGGUGCGGGAACCUGUCGAACCGGCUGAGGCACGGGAACCUGACUAGGAUCCCCUGCUUGCUUUCUACUAUCUCUCUUGUUUCUCUGUGUGUUUAGACCUGCCUGCCUUGGAGUUCACUUCACAGACUUUAAACGCGAACUAGGAACGACACCUCUACCCACACAAAACGACUGGCCACAUCAGUCCGCAUCAGGCUGCGUUCAGAACAACAGUUCACCUGCGUCCGAAGCUCCGAACACUCUCUGCUCCGUUCGGGAACACGACUGUACCCUACCCAAGACAAGUCCCCGCUCUUUCUUUCUCAAAGACUGGAGCGAUGGAUUCAUUUUUGACAAUUACUGCUGCCCUUCUACUAGUUGGGUUUCUAUCUUCGACUGCUUCCAGACAGUUCGACACUGAAUGUUACACAGCCAAUGGAGGGGACUACCGUGGCUGCCAAAACCAGACGAGCCUCCUUGGGGGCAAGCCAUGCCUCUUCUGGAAUGAGACCUUCCAGCACCCCUACAACACCCUCAAGUACCCCAACGGAGAGGGGGGUCUUGGCAGCCACAACUACUGCAGGAACCCUGAUGGUGACGUCCAGCCGUGGUGUUACAUCGCUGACCACGAAGAAGGAAUCUACUGGAGAUACUGUGACAUCUCCACCUGUCAGAUGCCAGGUAACCUGGGCUGUUUCAAAGACAGUGGAGACCCUCCCACCCUGACAGGGAGCAGUGAGACCUCCAACAAACUCACCAUCCAGAACUGCAUCAGCUUUUGCCGCAAACAGAGAUACAAGCUAGCUGGGAUGGAGUCGGGUUACGCCUGUUUCUGUGGCAACGACCUGGACCAGCAUCACCAUGGCAAAGCACCCAGUAUGGAGUGCAACCAUGUGUGUUUUGGUGACCACACCCAGCCCUGUGGAGGAGAUGGAUGGGUCAUCAUCUUCGACACUCGUGUUGGGGCGUGCGGGGGUAACUACUCUGCUCCCUAUGGGGUGGUCUACUCCCCUGACUUCCCUGAUAAGUACGAGGCAGGGAGGGUCUGCUACUGGACUGUCCAGGUACCUGGAGCCUCCAUGAUCCUGUUUAACUUCACCUUCUUCGACAUCUCGGACCAGACAGACAUGGUGGAAAUGCUGGAUGGCUAUACCACCCAGGUGUUAGCACGGUUCGACGGCCGCAACUCGCCCCAGGACCUGGUCAACGUCACUGGAGACUUUGUCAUCCUCUACUUCUACUCAGACCACACCAACCAAGCACAGGGCUUCUCUGUCACAUACCAAGCGCUGAGAGGCCUGGACACCAGACCUAUGGAUGAGGAUGAGAAGGAAGAUGAGGACACUAGUACAGUGAAGCCUCUGCUUAACGGCGUAACGGAGAAGUCUAACGGGAGCGAUAACGGACGUUCCUCUCAAAUCCUCUAUGUGAUAACGUCCAGUCCCGGUAAACCAGACCACAACAUGCCAGGUCAGUGGGCCGGACCCAACGGGACCAACGGACACACCUCUAUGUGGACCAUCUACGCCCUAGCUGCUCUCCUGACUCUGACAGUCAUAGCCAUGGUGGCUAAACUACUACUGCAUAUUACAGUGAAGUCUCCCAACAUCCCGACCAGCAGUGGUUCAGAGAGCUGCAGCGUGCAGAGUGCUGCGUCCGAGCCCUGGAUCAUCUUCUACCGGCCCUCCACCAUCUCCCUCUUCAAGAAGAAGCUAAAGAACCACCACGGAGACCUCAGCCCUCUGGUGGGCAACUAGCGAACUGCAGUCUGGUCUACUAACAUCAUCACCAUCAUGUACCAGGGCCUAGCGUACCAGAGCUAGUUAUAGAGCUAGCCCCUCUACCAAUGAGACUCUAUGGGGUACUGAGCUACAAAGCUAACAUAAUCACUAAUGACUGAUUCACUGACUCACUGAGUGACUACUACCAAAUGGCCCAAGAGCCAAGUCCCUAAAGGGGAUCCAGACAGGGCUGUCUGUGUCUGCUGUGUACAAGGCAGGAGAGGAGGGCAGCUAUACAGUGUGAGGUGGAUGUUUUACUGUAGGGAACUCAUCUUCUAUGGGUUCCACUUCCAUUGUCCAUGGAUGUCUGAGAGCAUUGCAGUCCUCCUCUAGAGACAAGGGUUGGCUGGGGCCAAAGCAAGCAGUUUCCAUAGGAUUCCUCCAGAAUGCAGGCCUUUCAUUUGAACUGUGUGCCGGUGGGGCACAAAAUGUCUGACAAUCUCUCCAAAUUCGCUAACCUGCGAACAACUGAGGGAGCCAUGCAUAUUCCCUAUCAGUGACUGUCAUAGGUGUCUCACAGAACAAGGUGUUGGAUCACAAGGGGUCAGAUUAGAUUCAAUCAGAUCAAGUGUUAAACAGUGAUAUCUGAUGUUUUGGUGGUGUCAGAGGUGUAACUGUUGGAGCAGUCAAAUCGGUUAGCAGGUGCUCUUGAUCAUUGUCACAAAGCCACACCUGCAGCUCACGUUAGAAGUUCAGAACGAGAAAAUGUAGGCUUAGAAAUAAUGACACUCAAAUUUAAAAUCAUUAGACGAAGAAAGCGUAAUCGAGGUAUAGAUUACAACUCACAUUCCAGUGUUCGAACUUGUAGAGAGGGCUGCUUGGGAUUUCCCUUAAUGCGACCAAUGGUAAAGUCCGCUUUAGGUAUAAUGCCACUUGUGGAUUUGAAAGUUCUAAAGCAGUUCCACCACCGACACUGCUAUCUCUUCCACACCGCCUCUGGAGGAAACUGUAUUAAGAGUCUCUUCCAUGGCCACUGGUGGAUGAGGGAUGUGGUUUCAUUAAACAACUGCCGUUCAAAAGAGUGUUUGAAAUGCUCAGAGGUUCUCUCUCAUCCGCUCGGCUGUGGUUCUUAUUUUUCUGGUUGAACUAUGUUUAAGUGCCUUAAGGAUCUUAAAGAAGCCUGCUAUGGCUUCUUUCUCUCUCCCCUCCUCCCCUCCUUCUCACUGUCUUUGAGUCUAUUGCUUGUGGUCCCCACCCUAUGAGAGACCAUGUCGAUGGGAUUUACUGUAGCGUGGGCGAGACUUGGGAAAAAGGUUUGCGUCAUUUUUGUAUCUUUUUCUUUCUGUGUGCUCUUAUGCGUAGUCUUCUUGGACAUUACUGAACAUAUUGCUAUCGUUAUGUUGCCAUUUGAUUACAAGGAGGGGGUAAAUUGUGUUGUAUAUUGCGUAAUUCAAUGUGGGGGAUGAUGAUGAUGACAUAUGUCCUGCUCUUUCAUUUUGUGUCUCGGCAAAGCAAUGGCAAAAUCCUUCAAAGUCGUUUUUGUACUUACUCAUCAACUGCUACUUAGCUCGGAGGUUGGAGCACAUUUUUUCCCCCCCUGUCUUCAGCAGCAGAUUCAUUCCCACAUUCAGAGGGCUCACGAGACCCAAACAACCUCUCUCAACUUACAGCUAAAGCACAAAUAAUAUGGAAUGAAUGAAUGAAAGUACUCGUGAUGGUCCACUGUGGAAGGCAAACGACUGUUGCAGUCCGGCGUGUUUCUGUGAGAAUUGAGGACACGUUGUAAGUUAACAAUGCAUUAAUGUGCCCCUUGAAUACAGCAGGUUGGAAUUCCAUAAAGAGAGGUUGAACCAUCGAUGAAAUAUAUGUUAAUAUAUAUUACAUUAUACUGUAUAUGUAUAAUAAUGUUAGAAUUCUAUUUCUAUGGCUUUGUUUUUCCCAACAAUCUCAAACCCAGUGAAAGCUGAUUAAUCUGGUCCAAACGUCAAUGCACUUAAAUAUGCCUCUACUUGUAUGGUGACAGAUAAAUAAUACUGAAAUCCAGUUUGGCUCUUAUUUGCUCUCGAAACCAAAAACCGUUUGAAACUGAUGAUAGGAGAUUUGGAAAAGUGCAAACUUGACAUUGAGAGCACUUGCAACAAAAGGGUUAAAGUUGAUAUGCAAAAUUGUAUGGAUAGAUUACAUUUUAGGUAGUGUAACUUGGUCAAAAAAUACUUUAAUUUCACCUCAUUUUAACAUUCUGUCAUAAACAGCACAUGUUCAACGACAUAAAACAACAUGUUUUCCCACCCCAAGGGGUAUUUUUGUUUCACUAUUGUAAGUGCCAAUAAAGUACCAUUAAAGUAACAGAGUUGUAUAUACUCUAGAUGAUACUCUCCAUUUUGGCACUCCCCCACUUUUGUAAAAAAAUAUAUAUUUUGGAAGCUAUGGAAAUGCAUUUAUUAACUACAUUUGUCUUUGUCACAUUUAUUAUUAUUUUUAUUUGACAUAAAAUUAUGUUUGCUAAACAUAAACAUUCCAAAUGAAUAAAUAAAUAAAAACAUUUUCCUUAAAGUAUCAUUUUUUAGAAAGCGCUAAUGUUACUGUCCCCACUAAAACAACACAAAUACUUAAAUACAUGAAAUGUUAUCUUUGAAACAUUUAAAUGAAAUACUGUAGAAUUCCAUUCAUUCCUAUGGAGGACUGCUUUUCUGAGGAGUGCCAAUAUGGCCGACUGGUGGCUUCAAAGCCUUUGCAUUUUUCCAAUACAUAGCAUCAGCAAUCCAGAGGUUCUAUACUUCAUUGACUGUAACAGUGUUAAAGUUUCCAUCUUAAAUCAGCCAUGCUUUUGAUGGCUCGGGACAGCUUGUUGUGUGCAACAGGCCAAAAAGAGUUGACCCAGCUCACCUGCUUUUACACUAUGAUGUGACUUGAAAUUGGAAUAGUUCAAUUGGAAUUGCUUCACCUUAAAAUGAGGGGCAGACGUAUAUUAUUCACUAAUCACAAUUAAAUAAAUAAUAAUCUUCAGAAAUAACUCUGUCAAAGCAAGAACAUAAUUAGGGCUUUACAAUGAUGGUGAAAACGUAAUGACAUUUUGUGGUUAAGUGGGUUCAAAUCUUCCUACAAGUCAGAACAACAUGACAAGGGACAUGUAAAAGUGAAGAUUUUUUUUCAAGCGCAGAUUUUUUCAUUCAUUUCAACAAAAAUCUGAUUUAUUGAAUUGUCCAUGUGGUUUAUAUUAAAGGGCACUUCAUUUAAUAUAACAGGCUUUUAAAAUUCAAUAUUGGUGCGCAAUUUCUACUUAAAACAUCAAAGGGACCAGUGGUUGUGUCCCAAAUGGCACCCUAUUCCCAACUAUAUAUAGUGCACUACUUUUGACCAGAUUCACAUUGGAAUAAGGUUUAGGAUUUAUCGUAGGUGUUACUUAAUGAAAGGGCCUUGAACUUUUCUUCUUCUCAACUCUGAUGUUUGUCUGCUGGGUGACCUAUAAUGUUGUAUUUUGGCUGUCUGCUCAUCUGUUACUCAUGUUAAUUAUCGCAGUACAAGUUAUGAUCAGUGCAGUUUGUGCCUAGAGAAAGGGAGACUGUGUGUGUGUGUGUGUGUGUGUGUGUGUGUGUGUGUGUGUGUGUGUGUGUGUGUGUGUGUGUGUGUGUGUGUGUGUGUGUGCGUGUGCGUGUGCGUGUGCGUGCGUGCGUACGUUUAACUAUUUUUGUGAGUACCAGAAGUUCUCACAAGAAUAGUAAACAAGAAAUUCAGAUAAGUCCUCACUUGUAAAAAGGCAAUUUUUGGUUUAGGGUUAGAAUUACGGGUUUGGGUUAGGAAUUAGGUUUAGGGUUAUGGGUAAGGUUAGGGAUUAGGGAAAAUAGGAUUUUGUAUGGGAAUCAAUUGUUGGUCUCCAAAAAGUCCUCACAAGUAUAGUAAGACAUAGAGUGAGCUCCAAAACCUUUGGGACAGUGACACAUUGUUUGUUGUUUUGGCUCUGUACUCCAGCACUUUGGAUUUGAAAUGAGGUUAAAGUGCAGACUGUCAGCUUUAAUUUGAGGGUAUUUUCAUGAAUCGUUUAGAAAUUACAGCACUUUUUUUUUUACAUAGUCCCCCUGUUUUAAGGGACAAAAAGUAUUGGGACAAAUUCACUUAUGUGUAUUAAAUUGAAGUAUUUGGUCCCAUAUUCAUAGCAUGCAAUGACUACAUCAAGCUUGUGACUACACAUUUGUUGGAUGCAUUUGCUCUUUGUUUUUGUUGUUUCAGCUUAUUUUGUGCGCAAUAGAAAUUCAUGGUAAAUAAUGUAUAAAUAAUGUAUCAAUGUCAUUUUGGAGUCACUUUUAUUGUAAAUAAGACUAGAAUAUGCUUCUAAACACUUCUACAUAAAUGUGGAUGCUACCAUGAUUACAGAUCAUCCUGAAUGAAUCGUGAAUAAUGAUGAGUGAGAAAGUUACAGAUGCACAAAUAUCAUAACCCCAAGACAUAACCUCUCACCAUUUUUUUUGGGGGGGGGGGUAUAAUAUUUGAUCACCUGAUAUGGAUGAAAAUACCCUCAAAUUAAAGCUGACACUCUGCACUUUAACUUCAUAGUUAUUUGUAUCAUUUCAAAUCCAAAGGCUGGAGUAGAGAGCCAAAAGAAUAACACGUGUCCCAAUACUUUUGGAGCUCUCUCUCUCUCUCUCUCUCUCUCUGUGUGUGUGUGUGUGUGUGUGUGUGUGUGUGUGUGUGUGUGUGUGUGUGUGUGUGUGUGUGUGUGUGUGUGUGUGUGUGUGUGUGUGUGUGUGUGUGUGUGUGUGUGUGUGUGUGGUGUUUGGAUAGCCUGGUGAAUAAUAAUACCAACUCCAUUUUCUCCCAUGUCAACCAGACAAUUCCAUGGUACCACCUCAUAAUAAUAGAAACUGUCUUCUCUUUUCUCUAUCUGCGACUCAUUCAAAAUGUUACUCGGCACUCUUGUCAUGAUAACAAGAUGAGCAGCUCUGUGUGAUAUGGAGACCAAUGGGUUUUGGGGGAAUACAAAAUAUUGUUUUCAUGAAAAUUGUAAAUAAAUUAGUGAAAUUGUAAUUUAUACAGUAAAUUAUUAUUAUUUUGUAUGUGAAUGGGAUAUAAUCUAUGUUUUGUAUAAGUUAAGUAUCUUUGCAGUUUUAUUUAAGUGAAUGUGUCCUGGUUGCUAAAUAAAUUCUGUAUGCAUGUUUCUUA